AUGGAGACCAAUGAUGGGCAAACAUCCGAGGCGCAGGGAUCUGCCGCGGCAGACCGCUCGAAGAGGCGUCUAUCUCGCAAGUAUCGCGGCUUGACCUGCGCCAACUGCCGUGCCAAGAAGGUUCGAUGUGAAGGCAGUCAGCCAACAUGCAAAACAUGCGACAUCUACCAUGUCGAGUGUCGUUACGACAAACCACCACCCCUGUCCCAGGUCGUCGCCAUGGCCAAAAAGUUGCAAGAGGCCGAGGAGACAAUCCAACGUCUUCAGGGAGUUGGAUCAUCUACUGAAAGACCAGAAGCUAAUGUAGCUGGUGCCGAUACUACGGUUCAACCUCCGACCUCUUUUACAAAUGAAGACCUAUCUACGCGAAUGCAUUUACCUCCAGGACCUUCCAUGGAACGAAACGUAUUUGAAGUAUCGCCUACCAACCACCAGACUCACUCGAACGACUCACGAGACCCCCAUCGCCGAGAACCUGUCAACACCGACGCAGCACAGGAUGCGCUGGCCAUUGAUCUGAGCGUAGAUGAGCACGGCAAGAUAUGUUAUUACGGCCCAACCUCUGCUGUCCACGAGCCUCUGGGCUUAGCCUCGCCUUCUACAAACUCGCUAGGUCGCGGCGAGGGCUCAAAAAGGACUAAUCUACGGUCUUAUCUCGUGUCACGGGCUAAAGAAUCUGCUAUCUGGGAGGAAUUUGCGCUAGGUAACGCGUCUCUUCAGCUUGGACUGCCUCGUCAAGUUAUGGCGAAGCUUCUUCAUCUACAUUGGACCUGGGUCGCUCCCAUGUUCAUGUGGGUGUAUCGCCCAGCCUUUAUGCGUGAUAUGACGACGGGCGGUCGAUAUUACUCCGAGCUUCUUCUACUGGUUCUAUGUGCUCACGCAUCUAAAUACUACGACAGUAACCACGCGCAAUUAUUAUCCUCCCGUGUUCGACUUCUCCUUGGCGACGAGAUACAAAAACCCAGCUCCAUUCCUACGAUCCAGGCUCUUCUACAACUCAGCGCUCGAGAGCUAGCCCAGGGAGCCAUCUCUCAAGCGUGGUUAUAUAGUGGAAUGGCAUUCAGGAUGUCCGCCGAUCUUGGUCUUCAGCACAAUGGGCCCGAUAUUGCUGAUCUCAAGGGAUUGGAUCCUGUGGACUUGGAAAUCAGAAAGAGGCUGUUUUGGAGCUGCUACUUCUGGGACAAGGCCAUUAGCCUAUAUACCGGAAGACUGCCAGCAGUGACCGAGUUACCGCGGAGUCCCAUCGACUUUAUGGAUGACUCUGCAGAGUCCGAAACCUGGUCACCUCAUUUCGAGGAUACAUCACCACUUACUCGACUGGCGCCCGGACAAUAUCCCAUAAUGCAGAGUCACGCUGUGUCUUGCUUCGCGAACUCAUGUAAACUCUCGGUGAUUAUAAACGAUAUAAUAGUCCAGCUCUACUCAAAGCGCAGCAGAGCAAUCACCGAGUCGUCUCUCAAUGACAUCACGACCCGGUUGGAUAAUUGGCGCGCAGCAUCGCCGAUUCAUCUGCGAUGUAACCCAGAAUUUUUACCUACAAUUUGUCCCCCGCCUCAUAUCAUUUCUCAAAAUCUGCUUUAUUUCACCACCGUCAUUCUCGCGCACCGCCCGUUCUGGUCUGCUCCAGCCUAUUACCAGGUGUGCAUGACCGCAGCCUUGAGUAUGGAGAAACUCCUACUGCUACUCGAGUCAUCCUUUGGCUUCGAAAACAUUACCUAUCUCAUGGGAUACUGCAUCUACACUGGUGCUUCAGCGGUUCUGGAAGAUGCCAAGAACAACGACGGCUCGACACACCCAACCAUGCAGACCUUCUUGAGGGCUCUCAAUCGAGGCAUGGCGAAAUGUCCACUACUCGAAAGAAGCCUGCACAUCAUCAUCAAGGGACUUAAGCGGGCCCCUGUAUAUCGAGCACCGCCUGACCAGUCCCUGUCUGACAACGCUGCCUCAGCCACCAUAAACAGCUACAUCCCGGCUUUUCCAUAUUUAAACCCAGUGAGCCCCAACGAUUUCGACAUGGAUUCGUACCUCAAUAGCAUGAGUAUGGAUGCUAUGGCUUCUUUGGACUGUUAUCCGGAACUUCAAAUUGACUUGGAUGAGAUGAUGAGGCACGCACCGGCGUAG